GGGAGCAGGGAGUUGCCCCCGCCAAACCCUGGGCGCCUUGGCUGCUGAGGCUCUGGAUUCAAAUCCCACCCCCAGCCGGGGCAAGGCAAAGAACAGCGGCCUUUGUGCGGAGGAGGCUGCACCUUUUGCCAAGGGAGGGAGGCCGGUCUGCUCCUGGAGGCCAGAGGAGCUCCCAGCCUGUCAAGGGGAGCAAGGGGCAGGGCAGGCGGAAGGAGGCGGCAGACGAGCGUCCCAGGGCCAGAGCAGGGCCACCUGCAGACCGACAGACAGGAGCCACGGAGGAACAGGGACCUUUGGGCCCCUCUGCCUUUGCCACUCAUCCCCCCCUCGGUCUUCUCCCCAUCUCUCCGUCUCCCACAGAUCUCCCCCAUCUACCUGUGCCAGGGAUCUCCCCUCUCCGCCACGGAUCUCUUCUUCUGUCUCUUUGCCACGGAUUUCCUCCUCUCCGACUCUGCCACAGAUCUCCUCAUCUCUCUGUUUUCCACAGAUCUUCCCCAUCUGCCCUUGCCACGGAUCUCUCCCCUCCGCCUUGACCAGUGACCACGGAUCUCUCCCACCUACCUUUGCCACUCUCUCUGACUUUGCCACGGAUCUCACCCUCUCUGACUUUGCCACGGGUCUCUCCCAUCUUUGCCACGGAUCGUUCACUCUCCACCUUUGCCACUAGCCUCUCCCCCUCUCUACCUUUGCCCCUGAUUUCUCUCUCUUCCCCACGGAUCUCCCGCUCUCUCCCUUCAUGCCCUCCCAAGUUUGCCCAGGGCCUUGAAGAAGGAGGAGGAGGAGGAGGAGGAGACGGGAGCUUCAGUGCCAAGCCCCGCUGCCGCUUCCAAAGCCAGGCAUAGAGAGAGCGAGAGGUCGCCAGCAUCAUGGCUCUCGGGAGGAAGAGCUGGUCGGCGCUUUCCAGCUUAGCCCAGCAAUGGAGUGCUGAAGAUGAGGAAGAACAGGAGAGGGAGCGCAGGCGAAGACACAGGCAACUGAGCUCUGUCUCUGAAGUAAAAGAAGAAAUGACCAACACAAAUUCAAACACAGUGCAAGCAGUCAAGGACCAGAAUUCAAUCAGUCAAAUGCCAAAUAGAUUCCGUAAUUCAUCGGAGACAAAGCCAUUAAAGCUGUGGAGCUCAAAGCUGGAAAAUGACAGCACGCUGGUAGAUGUGAUAAAUAAACAGGAAGACAAUAGGGUAAGGAGGAGAGUAGAAAUGUUCAAUAAUGCAAAUCAAGACAAGAAGGAGACAGUGAGUGUCAAGAAGUUAGAAAAGAAAACUACUGAACUGAAAGCAAAGACUUCUUCAGAGCCAGCUCAAGAGCAGAAAUGUCCAAUAGUGGAGAAGUAUGAAGGCCGCAUUGAGCAAAAAGACAUUUUAGAAGAAAAGCAGCAGAACAUGGCUCAGGGGAAAAAAGGGACAACUUUGGAAGUGCAUAAAAACCUGGGUCAGGAAGAAGACACACUUUUGGAGAAACAUGGAAACUUGGACCAGGAAGAGAAGGAAUGCCAUAUAGACCAGAAUGAAGUAUUUAGAGAGGAGCAGAAAACUUUGAAUUCACAUGUGUCUCCAAGACUAACUUCAGUCCAGAAUGAGGUGGCUACAAAGGAGCCUCAGCGAACUUCCUGGGAGCGUAAGAGCAUCAGCCGACUUGAGGUGAAAAUUCAACCAAGAGUGAGGAAUUUCAUUGAAGCUUCUGUAACUACCUCUGCCUCUGGGCCACAGGCCACAGAGAGAAAUAUUCCAAAAUUGGAUAAUGAGGCUGAAAGCUCUGUCUCUGGCCAAGCUGCAUCUGAGGUUCCCCUACUAGGCUCUCGGCCACUGAUUACCUACAGUAGCUCAUUCAAACGGAUCACUCCAAGAACAAUCUCAUUCCGGGUGGUCUCCAGGAAGGACAAGCAGGAUGAUGCAUUAAGCAGAAGUGCCAGCAUGAGACUUCCAGCAAAUACAGCUAAACUUGAGGAGAAGCUAGAGAAAUAUACAUCUGCUGUUCAGAGAGCAGGUUCAAUUAAGUUGCCUCCUUCAGCUCGGAGAAAUUUCCAGCCACUUUCAGAGGGUGUGGCCAGCAAGCGAAGCAUCUUUGAAGCCAGUGUUCCUAGCCAGGCUGAGCCUGUCACCCUUGCCCGGAAGGAGAGCCUAAAAAUCCCAGGUGGAGUCACAUCUCGGAUCAAUCUCUGGAUCAGUCGAACUCAGGAGCCUGGCAAGGAUGAAGGAACCAAGGAUAUCCGGAGAACUGUGAACACCACACAGCGGAGUCAGUGGGGAAAACAAUCUGAUGAUUCCUGAAGGAAAACCAGGAUGCAACUGUACAAGCUGCUCUGGGGACAAAUUAUCUCCAUUUAAAUCAGUGGCCUGGACCAUUUGAAAUUCUUCUGCAUCUCUUGGUUUCAGACUUUUCCCUUUUGCAGGGCCAUUUGCCUGGGAGAGAAUAUCUAUCCAUCAACCUGCCUAUGGUGCCUUUACAGCAUGGGAUUUUUGAAUUACUUUUUUUUAUAAUAAAAAAAAAUUGCUUCUGAUUGGUGGAUGGGAAAAUGGACACAUAUAAAAUAGAAAGUAUAUUUCCAUAAUAUUCUUAUGUCUUUUGCUAAUUCUGCAUCUCCUAGCCCCAAAAUAUUAAAAAAAAAACAUAUGUUCUUCCAGUAGCCAUGAAAGUAUGAAAUAUAUAUGGUCCCUCCACUGGGUUGUGCUUCAGCUGUGACUCUGCCAUAAUGGAUGCAAUAAUAAAAUCCAUCAUGGAGUUCUUGCACCUCCCAGUAGCAGUUACUUACUGUACAAUGCAGAUAUUUGUCUGCCAGGUGAUAUCAUAAUGUAGUCAGGUGUUAUUUGCUACACAAAGAUAUCACUAGGAUGAAGGAGGCCAGUUUGAAGAGAGAACAUAUAACAGAUGAGGGCUGUGAAGAGGUUCACAAGAAGCUGCUGUUUAAAUAAUGGGAGUGGGAUGGUGGGCUAUUGAAGGUGAGAAGAGGAGUGCAGGUUGCAUUUACAGUUUUCUCUCUGCAUCAACCCCACAUGGAAAAAUAACGCUUAACAGGCCAUGUGAAAAAUUGUCAAGGGGUGGUGUGUGUGUGUGUGUGUGUGUGUGUGUGUGUUUUAAAGUAGUAAGAAUUAUCCCCCCCACCCCUCCCAAAUGCACUUUCCUGUUUCAGCUCAGCUAAAUUGUGGCUUAAACCCACUGAAACCAAUGGAGUAGUUCUGCUGGGUCUCAGAUCCCAUAAAAAUAGCACAUACAACACAAGUCUAUGCAUCUCUACUUAGAAGCAAGUUCUAUAUUGAAUUCAAUAGGGCUUACUUCCAGGUAGGUGGAUAACGGAUUGCCGCCUAAUUUUAGCUGGACUGAGGUCAAGUGUUCUUUGUUGAAUUCUGCCUACAACAGCAUAAUUCAGUGGUUUAAGAAUCAACCCAGUAUGAACAGACAAUAUGUUAUUUAGUGUAUAUGUCUAAAAAGCAACUAACUGUAGGUUCAGGGGUGAAUUUGGUUCUUACUGUAUUUCAUAAUAAAUAUCACUUCUGUUCAAGUA